AUGAUCCUCUCGUGUUUGCAUGUAAGAAUCCUUGCCGCUUCGCUGGCCCUUUUCUGUGCAGGAAUGGUGAAAGCAUCUCCAAGUUUGCCUCACCGUGCAUCUUCAAGACAGGCGGAAUUUCCAGCGGUCGAUGUGACCUCUCAUCUCAACCCGUAUCCUGAUAAACCACGUAUCACCUUCAGUUCUUCUGGGACUUUUAAACUGACCGUAUUCUCGGAUCUCCAUUAUGGCGAAAAUCCCUGGGAUGAUUGGGGACCUCAACAGGAUGUUAAUAGCACACGCUUAAUGCGCGGUGUACUGGCUGCUGAGAAGCCUGACUACGUCGUACUGAAUGGUGAUUUAAUCACUGGCGAAGAUACAUUUCGGGAGAAUUCCACCACUCUCAUCGACCGCAUAGUGGCUCCUCUAAAUGAAGCAAAAAUCCCCUUCUCUUCUACAUAUGGGAAUCAUGACAAUGAGGCAAACAUCACACAUCUUGAAGAAAUACGACGGGAGCAGCUCGAUAGUUAUCUAAGCUACACUCGCACCGCACCACCUGGUAUUGGAGGGGAGGGAGGGGAGGGCAAUUAUUGGGUUCCAGUCUACGAAAAAGCGACAGAUCUGACGCCUGCUUUGAUCCUGUGGUUUUUUGAUUCUCGAGGUGGUUGGUUCCCAGGAUCCACAUCUGUGCCACUACCCGACUGGGUGGACGCCUCUGUAGCAGGAUGGAUUGAGCGCGAGACAGCUGCAAUGGAAGCUGGGUGGGAUUCAGUAGAAAGGAGAGAGCGAGGAGCUUUAGCCUUCGUACAUAUACCUCCACAUGCAAUCGAGAGUGUGCAAAAGACGCUGAACACCACAGCAAACCCAGGACUAAAUGCCGAUACUCUAUCCCAGGGAUCAACACAGGCCACUACUGACCCGUCAUCAGCCGGAAAAGACCAACCGUUCUGGGAUGCGUUGAAUGCCAACGUCAAGAACCUACACGCAGUGAUCUCUGGGCACGAUCAUGGUGACGAGUGGUGCGCCCGUGAGCCUACGAAGGAUGUUAUAUUUUGUUUUGACAAGCAUUCUGGAUACGGCGGCUACAGUAGCCCAGGAUGGGGCCACGGUGUACGGAAUAUCGUGUUCCCCUCUGCAGAUCCUACUAGUGGGCUUGAAACGUGGAUCUGGCUCGAGGGCGGACAGACGAGGGCAAGAGUCACACUGGACGGGAACUAUGGUCGAUGA